GGUCAGGGUGUGGUUUUUCUGGCCCAGGUGUGCGCCUGCGGUGUGUCUCCACUUCCGCCCGAGUGUCAGGUGAGUGAAACCGCGGAGAGGAUCUGAGCCGCGACCCCGAGAACGGGAACAGGAUCGCGGUGAAAAACAAACAAGACCAACCUAUUGAAAGACCCAAUCAUGCCUGAAAACCUUGAAUUGGUGGACAAGCAGCGGGUUCUGGAAGCCCUGGAUCGCCUUCAGGCCAGGCUGAGAGAGAGAGGGGAAUCGCAGCAACAAGAGAAACUCAACCUCCUACACCAGACCAUGAGAAGCCCCUUGUUCAACCAGAUACUGACACUGCAGCACUCCAUCAGACACCUGAAGGAACAGUUGAAUUCCUUGCCCACGGACGCCUCUCCCAGUUUUGACUUCUCUCAAGACGGAUAUUUGGUGUUCAACGCGGAAUAUCCCGAGAGGGACCCAGGCUGGGCUCAGGCCCCCAAAGCCCUGCCCAACGGGGACAAGCAGCAGAGAGAUUUGCCAUUCCCUGGGAGAACAGGAGAUGAGUUUGACCAGAUUAUUCAAGGACUGGCUCAGGGAAGACAAAUGGAACAUAUUGAACUUAAGAAGCCAACCUCGGGAGGCCUGGGGUUCAGUGUAGUUGGUCUUAAAAAUGCCAACAUGGGAGAAGUUGGUAUCUUUAUAAAGGAAAUUCAGAAAGGCAGCAUAGCAGACUGGGACGGAAGGCUGAAAGUACAUGACCACAUAUUGGCCAUAAAUCGCACAGCCCUGGAUAAGAACAUUUCCCACCAGCAAGCUAUUGGCCUGCUUCAGCAAAGCCAAGGAUCUGUGGGCUUAGUGGUUGCCAGAGGAGCUGUCCCAAACGAUUAUAAGAAUCCAACAUACACGACAGCCUUGCCCUUCACUUCACAACCAAUGCAAUGGGGCCACGUCGAAGAGAUCGAGUUGGUCAACGAUGGAUCAGGCCUGGGAUUUGGAAUUGUCGGAGGGAAAGCAGCCGGAGUGGUUGUGAAGACGGUGGUACCAGGAGGCCUAGCUGAUCGGGAUGGAAGGCUGCGGACUGACGACCACAUCCUGAGGAUUGGAGGCACCGACGUGCAGGGGAUGGGGAGCGAGCAAAUCGCUCAGGUGUUGAGAAACUGUGGGAACCGGGUCCGAAUGGUGGUGGCCAGGAAUCCCCAGGAAGACCUUUCCUCCUCCAGAGAUCCUCUCCCUCCUCAGGAUCGAAUCUCUAACGCUGUAAGGAAGAUCCCACUUCCAUUCGUAAGCGUUGAGGAUCACGACACUUAUGAUGUGGAGCUCAACAGAGACGGACAGAGCCUGGGCAUCACUGUCGUUGGCUACGUCGAUGCUUCUCACGGAGACACUUCUGGUAUCUUUGUCAAGAGCAUUAUACCAGGGAGUGCCGCGGAGCAGAGCGGGUGCAUUCAGAUCCACGACCGCAUUAUCGCUGUGGAUGGGUUUAACAUCCAGGAAUUGACUAACCAGGAAGCCAUCGAUGCUUUGCGUAACACUGGGAAUACAGUCCAUCUUACCUUGGCCAGAAAGAAGGCGGGCGCAGACUCCCAUAUAGUGAAGACGGAUAAUGACAGGCACAUGAUCCUGGCAAAUUCACUGAUCGGUGAAAGCAAUGUGGAUAGUGGGGAUGAAGAGCAGGAGCAAGAGAAGCAGCAAAUGGAACUGGAAGGAUACGAACACGAUUCAGCAAAUGAAGAAUUGAAGAUCAAAUGGGAGAAUUUGCUGGGCCAAGACUAUGAAGUGAUGGUGUUUAAUCUGGACCCCGAGGUAUCUGACAUCUCAGAGUUGCAGAAAUACUCUAAGCUAAUGCCUGCUCACACCCUGCGACUGGGAGUAGAGAUAGACUCUUUUGAUGGACAUCAUUACAUAUCAUCAGUUGCUCCUGAUGGCCCAAUGGGAAGAGUUGGAUACCUGGAGCCAGAGGAUGAAAUUCUGGAGGUGAACGGAAGAGAGCUGCGUGGAAAAUCUCGGCGUGAGGCGGUAUCCGUUCUGACCGAGGCUCCUUCUCCUCUCACCCUGGCCUGCUGUCGCCGGCUGCUGGAGGGGACCGAGAUGCCUGUGGACGAGCCCUAUGUCACACAGAGAGCAGCUCCCGAGGACACAGAGAGCAGUGAUCCAGUGGUCAGACCGCCAUCUCCUUGGAGCAGUAAAAACUGCACGAGCCUGGUAGAGUCAGACUCAGAAGAGGAUGGGGAAUUGGCUUUAUGGUCCUCUGACGUGAAAGUGAUGGAGAUGGAAAAAGGUUCGCAAGGUUUAGGGUUCAGUAUCCUGGACUAUCAGGAUCCCUUAGACCCCACACGUACUGUCAUUGUUGUCCGUUCUCUGGUGGCUGGUGGGGUUGCUGAACGCAAUGGCAGGGUGCUGCCUGGCGAUCGCCUCGUCUUUGUCAAUGACCGUAGCCUAGAGAACGCUGCUUUGACGGACGCUGUUCAAGCUCUCAAAGAUGCUCCGUCUGGCAAGGUGCACCUUGGUAUCUGCAAACCAGCGGUGUCUGAAGCAGACGGGAGCACAGAUUCAAGGUUUGCAGGCUCCAGAGUUGGUACGGACAAUGACCUGAAAGGAUUGAAUCCACUCUUCGCAGCGAUUCCACCUCCUCAGGACUUUGGGGAUGAGUCGUUUUCCCAGGAAGAGCUGGUGGAUGACCCCAGGAUGCACUUGGGUUCAUUCCAUUUGCACCCAGGAGGAGGGUCCGCAGGGUGGGAGACGGAGGGCUGGCCCGUGAGGACCGAUGAGCGGGAGAUGCUAGUGGACGAGGAGUGCGAGGCAGGCGGAGAGACCCAGGGAAACGCCAGUGAGCGGCUUCAGCGUGGCCAGGGGGAUGCUGAGCCUCACCUCGGCGAGGAGAACUACAUCGUGGAUUGGAUCGAGAGUCUGGAGUCUCCCGAGGAGCUGGACACGGCACGGAUGCAGCUCAGCGCCAAGCGACCCUCCGACGAUUCCCGUAUGUUCCAGCCCUGUCGCUAUGACGAUGGCAGAGAGGGAGAAGGAGGGCUCGGCGGGAGCUCGAGAUCGUCAUCCUCAUCGGCAGAGAGCGGUGACUUACACGGGGCAUCCGGAGAGUAUCAGGGUCACCACGUGGGCGUGCUGAAGAGCAGCUCCGAGCUAGGGAUGAAAUUAAAACGGGACGACAGGGAAGCUGGAGCGAUCGCUGGGAAGAUUGGAGACAGACGGUCUGGCAGAGGAGAUGAGCAGCCGAGAGAGCGCCUCACUGCCUCUGUGAUUGAGGAACCAUCAAGACUUCAGCCUUCUCUGUACCUCUCCACCCAAGCUGCUUCUAAAACUAUGGAUGAGCUGCCCGAGCGAGAGGCGGGCGAAGGGGAAGAAACUCCAGUCUUGAGCCAUUGGGAGCCACCACGGAGGGUGGAGGUCUGGCGAGUGCCAGGGGAGUCGCUUGGAAUCAGUAUCGUUGGUGGCAAAGCAGUCAUCAAACGUCUGAAAAAUGGGGAGGAAUUGAAAGGGAUUUUCAUAAAACACGUCCUGGAGGAGAGUCCAGCUGGAAGAAGCAAAGCUCUGAGGACUGGGGACAAAAUUAUUGAGGUUUCUGGCGCCGAUCUGCAGAAUGCCACACACGAAGAUGCAGUAGAAGCCAUAAAGAACGCUGGAAACCCCGUGAUCUUUGUUGUCCAGAGCCUGUUGUCCACUCCUAGGCCCAAUUCCAUACAUCAAAGUAAAGAUGAGCGAAAGGGAGGCGAGAGCAAAAAAAUAUUGAAGAAAUUGGGACCUGAUGGAGGUGGUCCACCUCCGCCCAUGCGGCUGCCUCCACCCUACAGAGAGCCCAUCGCGAACCAGCAGGAACCUGAGCCACAGCAAAUUGACGAGCCGACUGAGGCAGACAGCGCUCCCACAGAGAGGAGCAACAGUGACCAAAAGAUCAGGCAGAGAUAUGGAGACCUGCCAGGGCAGCUACACAUCAUCGAGCUUGAGAAGGACAAGAAUGGAUUGGGACUCAGUCUAGCUGGUAACAAGGACAGGUCUCGCAUGAGCGUUUUUGUGGUUGGCAUCAAUCCCGACGGUCCGGCUGGAAAAGAUGGGAGGAUCAGGAUUGGAGAUGAGCUUCUGGAGAUCAACAGCCAGGUUCUGUACGGAAGAAGCCAUCAAAAUGCAUCCGCAAUUAUAAAGAACGCUCGAACAAAGGUCAAAAUAGUUCUGAUAAGGAAUGAAGAUGCUGUUAAUCAAAUGGCCGUUACUCCCUUCCCUGUGCCAUCCAGUUCACAGUCUUCCAUUGAGGUUCGAGAUGCAGAAGCACUGCCAACUUCUCUGGAACUGUCAUCCUCGCAGUCAGAUUAUUCACAUUUCAAGAACGUCCAGCACAUACUGUUAACAAAGGAUGAUACUGGUCUUGGCCUUGCCAUCAGUGAAGACAACACCAGCAAGGGAGUUACUAUCAAAAGCCUUACUGACAAUGGAGCAGCAAUAAAGGAUGGAAGGCUCAAAGUGGGAGAUCGAAUCCUGGCUGUGGAUGAUGAGAGUGUCGUGGCACAGCCUCCGGAGAAGGCCAUUAAUCUCCUCAAAAAGGCAAAAGGAACCGUGAAACUGACCAUCAGCUUUCAAGACAGGACACAGCAAACAUCCACAGCCACUCCCCCUUCCUACCUCAACACAGACUCCAAGUUAUCAGAACACAGUAAUAUCUUGUCACCUGCUGUGGUACUGGAUCCAGCAACAUGUUCUGUGGUCCCAGGACAGGAAACAACCAUCGAAAUUUCCAAAGGAUCUUCAGGCCUUGGCCUCAGCAUUGUGGGGGGGAAGGAUACCCUGUUGGACGCGAUAGUUAUUCACGAGGUGUAUGAGGAGGGCGCAGCUGCUAAGGACGGCAGACUCUGGGCUGGAGACCAGAUCUUGGAGGUAAACAGGAUCGAUUUAAGGAAUGCAACUCACGAGGAAGCCAUCAUGGCGCUACGUCAGACGCCGCAGAAAGUGCGUCUCAUUGUCUUCAGGGAUGAGGCUCAGUACAAGGACGAGGAGAACCUGGAUGUCUUUGUGGUGGAUCUUCAGAAGAAGGUCGGCCGAGGGCUGGGGCUGAGCAUCGUAGGAAAGAGGAAUGGAACGGGAGUCUUCAUCUCAGACAUUGUUAAAGGGGGAGCGGCUGAACUGGAUGGGCGGUUGAUGCAGGGCGACCAGAUCCUGUCCGUGAACGGGGAGGACGUGCGCAACGCCUCCCAGGAGACGGUGGCGACAAUACUGAAGUGUGCACAGGGCCGGGUGCAGCUGGAGGUCGGGCGGCUGAAGGCAGCGUCAUGGAUUUCAUCACGAAGAACAUCGCAGGGCAGUCAGAUUAGCCAGACGAGUGGGAACACCAACACUCCGCCUUUCGGCUCCGUCGGGGCCUCUUCCCACGGCUUCGGCAACGGCAACAGCAAGCGCAGCUCAGGGGAAGUCUCCAAGUGGGAUUCAGGUGCCGAUACGGGAAUACGCACCGUGGAAAUCAUCAGGGGACCGAGUGAUGCACUGGGGAUCAGCAUCGCUGGAGGCAAAGGCAGCCCGCUAGGUGACGUGCCCAUCUUCAUUGCCAUGAUCCAAGCCAGUGGAGUGGCUGCACGUACACACAGGCUGAAGGUUGGGGAUCGGAUUGUGAGUAUUAAUGGGCAACCCCUGGACGGGCUGUCUCACACAGAAGCGGUUAAUCUGCUGAAGAAUGCCUACGGAAGCAUUGUCCUUCAGGUGAUAGCCGACACCAACAUUACUGCAAUCGCAAGUCAGCUCGAGAAUAUCUCACCUGGGCCCAACUUGAGCUCCCCGUCCGACGUCCAGACAGAAGAGACAGAACCUCCGCAGUACAAAAUCAUCAUGUUAGAGAAGGGUCUGGAUGGUUUAGGGUUCAGUAUUGUGGGAGGAUUUGGAAGCCCCCACGGAGAUUUGCCGAUAUACGUAAAGACUGUGUUCAGUAAGGUAUCUAUCCAGAUUCAUUGUCAAUGGCUUUGCUUUUACUCGUGCAUUCCACCAGAGGGAAGCAGUGGUAUUCGCUGCAGAUGUUACUGUCUUCAAUGCAAUAACUGCUCAGGUUUAGCAUUCAUUACGUUCUCUGAGUUGUCUUCUCUCGCGUUCGUUCACUCCUCGACAAAUAACGCUGUUGAUGGUUUGUGGUGAUCUACCUGUUGAGGCGUACGUUGUACAUCCCGGGACCCUCCUCGAUAAAGAGUAUGUUUCUCCUGGUGUCCUGGCCAACAAUCACCCCGGAUACAAUCAG